AUGGCUUGCGCCACGCUGAAACGGUCGUUGGAUUUCGAACCCCCUAUGUGCAGACCGACGAAGAGACAAAGAUGCACGCCUAUGAGCAUAUCGCCUUCGAGCUCUCCCCCAAACAGCUCCAGAUCGGAAUACGUCUCGCCCCAUUUCGGUGGCGAUGUCGUACCAAAAAUUACGGCAGAAAUGUUGUCUGCUAGUUUAACUGAAGAAGUUCAAAGGAUGCGCCGUAAGCGUCAGCUUAACAUGGAAUUAUCAGAGAAUCGUAAUUUGGAUGACAGUUCUUCGGAUAGUUCAUCUGAGAAUACGUUUCCAUCAUCAGCCAAAGACAAACCGCUCUUCACUUUUCGCCAAGUAGGAAUGAUCUGUGAACGUAUGUUAAAUGAGCGUGAAAGUCAAUUACGUGAAGAAUAUGAUAAGAUUUUAAACAUGAAAUUAUCUGAACAGUAUGAAGCUUUUGUUAAGUUCUCCAACGAUCAAUUGCACAGACGUUUUGAAGCAGCCGAAGAUCCAAGCUAUUUGUCUUAA